AUGAGACCAUCAAGAAUAUUGUUAUCUUCAAUCAAAAGCACCAAACCAAAAAUCACUUAUCCAGUUGAAAUGACACCAUUAUUUGCUGCUGUUGGAGUUGCUAUUGUAUCAGCAACUUUUUUCACAUAUAGACAUUUUGCUCAUGAUAAAGAAUUAAGAUUAUGGAAAAAUGCAAAUUUAUCAGAAUUAGAUAAUGUUUUGAAUAAUGCUGGAAAAAGUGAAAACAAAGAAGAAGAAAAGUAA